AUGAGGGUGCUUCUUCUCCUAUCACUGAUAGGAGCUUUUCAACUGAGCUGUUGUGGACCGCCUGGAACAAGUGGCUCACUGGAGGAUCCACAGAUCAAGGAAGUCGUCGAAAAGGAGGCUAAGGAAGUACCUGUCCACCUUCGGCUACAUGUCCAAGCCAAAGGCUCCGGUAAGGCAGUGGUGAUAAGCCAGCUGAGCCCACCAAAUAUGAUCUGCAAGUGGCUCUCAGAUUCUGAGUCAUCGCCUGUAAUGAGGAAGACUACACAGCCCUGCAGUUCAUGCACAACCCUUCGGUUUAGGCGGUUUCAGGAAGCUUUUCUGCUCUAUCCGUCUGGUGUGGUCGACGUACCGACUCUGGCGAAAAUGUCCGAAUACAGAUGCGCCAACAGGGACAUGUACAAUGGCGCGGAACUUAGAAGUAGGGAAGCCUGCGAUGAAGCGUUCGAGAAAUGGCGAAAAGCAACUGGAAUGGAUUUCCUCGAGACAAAAAAUGCUUCAAAAGCCGAUAUUGUCAUUUCGUUCAGCAACCUCGGGGACGACUUCGACAAUGGCGAGUUGUUUAUUGCUGCUGGAGCUACACGACCGAUAAACAGCCAGAUUAUCCUUGAAAAGACGCACCUUUGGGGUUAUCGCAAACAUGAGCCGAGGCAUUUCACUUUUCCACACUUCUGCUCCAUGAAAUUCGGACACAGCCUUGGAUUGCCGCACAAUUUCUAUAGAGGAUCGAUAAUGUAUCCAAUGCUGAAGCCAAGAGUACUUAUGGCACAUUGGACGAGUGCCCAAUGUCGACAGAAGUAUGCUGAACAACUCUCGGCCGCCCUCAAGUGGAUAAGGAAAAGCCGAAAAGUGGUGGAGGCGAUCUACGGAAAUGCCCGAAACAGAUCGAUUCGUGACGCCAUCGGAAUGGGUGGUCUUCCAAGGCGACAAAGGUCUACCGCGUACGUGACAGAAAUUCAUCGACAACGGAAGGAAAAUUCAAUCUGUGAGUUCUAUAGG